AUGUUUCGAUUAAAUAAUGUGAGACAUUUUUUAAAAAGUAAAAUUAGGUUUAGUGGUGGAAAGCAACAUCCAAAAUGGGUUGUUAAGGAUAAAGAAAAAUAUAAUAUUUUUACUUAUGAUAAUUCAUACUAUGGGGAAAAUUUUAGAUAUAAUAAUUUUAUAUUACAUUUAAGAUCAUACAAAUAUUAUAUUGAUUAUAUCAUUGAAAACAUUUACAGAACGCUUAAAAAUUGUGCAACAUUUUUCUUUAAUCCAAUAAAAAAUAUUAUAUUAAAACACAACCCUGAUAUUCGUUAUCAAUUAGUAGCUCUUAUGGCCUUUUUUGGAACAACAUCUGCCAUAACAUGUUAUCACAAUAAUAUUUAUCAAAAUAUAAUAGAUGUAACAAAUAUGUUGGAAUUAGGAGUAGUAGAUGAUAUGAAAGAAAAUAAUUUUUUUGAUACACAAAGUGAACUACAAAAUAAAAAUAUCGAGGAUU